AUCACCAAACAUUACGCCAUCCUCCUCCUCCAUCCUUCUUCUUCUUCUUCUUCUCUUUUUUUUUUCUUGCAGCGCUCUGCACGCUCACAUUUUGUGCAUCUGCCUGCCGGUGUGCUGCUGGUGGGAGGACGUCGGCUCUGACUGCAGCGCAUUGCGAUGCAGGAGAGGCAGAAAUCAGGAUGUCAGUGUGAGCUGCACGCCUGAAGCAGCAGCAGCAGUGCAGGAGAGGAAGGAGGAGAGGAAGGAGGUGCUGCUGGUGCUGCUGCUGGUGGAGGAGUCUCUGCGCACACACCUCUGGACGCUGCUGCCGAAGGAGGGCCGAGGUGCCGCUCUGCAGAGGGAAACCGUCUCGGUACGUGACUCCGAGCCCAGAUCUGCCCUGGCUGUGGAUCUGAGAGGGAGGGAGGGAGGAGGAGGAGGAGGAGGAGGAGGAGGAGGAGGGGGGAGCAGCAGCGCGGCACCCCGCCCGUCUCUCCUCAUUUGGACUGCAGGGAUAACGACCUAAAGCGUGAUAUACCCCCGGAUCAGGAUCAGGAUCAGGACCGGGAGCGGGACCGGGACUGGGAGCAGGAGGCAGCGCUGUCACCGUCUCCACCUCUGCGCCAAAGGUUUCCUUUUCCGCCGGACCGCGUGAAACGAGAGCUGCAGAUAUCGUGACUGUUGUUGGAUCUUCUACUUCAAGAGCUCUGAUACGAUGCAGGACUGUAACGGGAGCCUCGGCACGUUAUUCCUGAGGCGAACCAACUCUCACUGUUCAAGCACGAGGAUUAAAGUUGACUCAACAGGGAUGAAACCAUAAGAUGCGUCAUCAGUUCGACGACCGUCCUGAUCUUUAAGAGGUUCCUUCUCAUCAGCUGUUAGUUGUCUCCUCACCGAUCGUCCACCAUGCGUCCUUCCCUCGCCACAGCGGUCCUCCCGCCCCGGACGCGCUCACACAACCCACCCAACCUCGCCGUUGGGGGUCGGGAACACCUUUCAGCUCCACGAAGGCGCAGCCCCCACCUCCGGCACACCCUCAGCCCGGAGAACCUGCGCACCCUGGCGGAAAGAGGCGGCGCUGCCGUCGAUACCGUCUCAGUCGUCAGCAGCCCGAUCGGGCUUCCGCGGGCCAACAGCGACACAGACCUGGUGACCUCACAGAGCCGGUCGUCGCUGACGGCGUCCACUCUGGAGUACACGCUGAACCGCGGCCAGAACCUCGUCAUAUCCUGGGACAUCAAGGAGGAAGUGGACGCUACCGACUGGAUCGGGCUGUACCACAUCGAUGAAACCAGUCCGUCCAACGUGUGGGACUGUAAGAACCGAGGGGUGAAUGGCACCCAGAAGGGUCAGAUCGUCUGGAGGCUGGAGCCCGGGCCUUACUUCAUGGAGCCCGAGACAAAGAUCUGCUUCAAGUACUACCACGGAGUGAGCGGAGCGCUGAGAGCUACGACCCCCUGCAUCACCGUGAAGAACCCUGCGGUCCUGGUGGAGGGGCUGGCGGAGCAGGUGGGUGUCGAACAUCCACGAAAACUGAUCAGCUUCACCCUGACAGAUCUGCGCGCCACGGGCCUGAAGAAGGGAAUGUUUUUCAACCCGGACCCGUACCUGAAGAUGUCCAUCCACCCGGGGAAGAGGAGCGUCUUCCCCAUCUUCAGCCACCACGGGCAGGAGCGACGGUCAGCCAUCAUCGCCAACACCACCAACCCCGUCUGGCAUGGAGAGAAAUACACGUUCGUGGCGCUGAUGACAGACAUCCUGUACAUCGAGGUGAAGGACAAGUUUGCAAAAAGUCGACCGAUCAUCAAACGCUUCCUCGGGCAGCUCACGAUCCCUGUGCAGCGGCUUAUAGAGAAAAUACCAGGAGUCCAGCCUGUGAGCUUCCCCCUGUGCCGACGCCUGCCGACUGAACACGUCAGCGGUCAGCUGCAGUUCAAAGUGGAGCUCACGUCGACCGGGCCGGAUGGUGCUUCUCCUGAUUCAAUCAUUGGCAUGUCGUCCUUGAACGGAGCCCCGGGGACUCCCUCCGAUGAUGAGGACCUUCCCCACCAUCUUCCGGGAGUGGUCUCCUCGAGCUUGUCUCCGACCGGCUCCCAUGGCUCGCAGAGCUUGUGGGAAGGCGGCGCCACGGCCUUACCAGAUAAGGAACUGUCUCUUGUGGGAGCUGAGGCCAGAUUUCUUGGGCCUGCAGGUUUGUCAGGCCAUGAAAUCCUCCAGAGGUCCCUCAUGGAAGGCCUGGAUGCUAUCGAGGCCCCCAAAGGCCCCGGUGAAAGACCCCUGGGCGCGGCCUCACCUAAACUGCGCUCGAGCUUCCCCACACACACGAGGCUUAGCGCCAUGUUGCACAUCGACUCGGACGAGGACGAGGAUAGGUCCGGGGCCAAUGACAUCACCCCGGUGCCGCUGUCACCGCUGCUGCUGAAUGGGGAACCUCCCGAUGUCGCAGAGGAAGAAGACCCGUUUCCUGAGCUGCAGCCGGAGCCGCUGGAGGCGUCGGUGCUGGAGGAGGAGCCCGAGGGGGCGGUUGGUGGGACAGAGGACGUGCCCCCGGACGCAGAGGCGGUCCUGGGGAUGGGGCUCGGUCUGGACCUGGACGACGUUGAGCCAGACGUCUUCUCCGAGGUGGACGAGGCUCCUUUCACAGAGGCUGUGUCCCAUGCAGCUCCGCCGGAGGGUGGAGAGGUGCACGAGGACGGACGGGGGCCUCUGGAGGACCCGUCCUCCGACAUCGACACCUGCUCCAUGGCAACAGCCCAGCAGACGGUCGUGUCAUCGUCAGAGAGCUGUCCGAUCACACUGACCACCGCUGUGGAAGCGGAGGAGGGAGCGGAGACGGCCAUAGAUCCAGGGGGAGACUUGGUGUCCCGAACUCCUCCGACCAAUCAGGCCGUAGACGACGAAGGAGGCGGGCAGGCGGCCUCCGCCGAGUCUGAGGGAGAAGCUCCUCCUCCGAUCGAGCAGGUGGAGCUGGAGGAGAUGGGUGAGAGGAGGCUGAGCAUGCAGGCUGCAGGGGGCGUGGCCGAAGAACAGGAAGGGGAGGAGGCAAAGCCACAGGAGGAGGCGGGGUCUGCGGAUUCAGAGCAGGUCACCACGGAAACAGAUGGAGAGGAAGGAUCUCACGUUAACGGUCAUCCUGUGCGUUCGCUCCCUUCAGUCCGUCACGACAUCCACAGAUAUCAACGUGUGGACGAGCCGCUGCCUCCCAACUGGGAGGCCCGGAUCGACAGCCAUGGGAGGAUCUUCUUCGUGGACCACGUGAACAGAACCACCACAUGGCAGCGUCCCACCGGACCUCCGGCCCCGCAGGGCCUGACCCGCUCCAACUCCAUCCAGCAGAUGGAGCAACUCAACCGCAGGUACCAGAGCAUCAGGAGGACAAUAACCAACAGCGACCGGGCGGAGGAAGCCCCGGUCGACCUGCUCCCCGAACCAGAGAGCGAUCUGAUGCCUCACUCCAUCUCUGAAUACCGACGAGACAGUGCGGUCGCUCACUCCAGCGGGCGGUCGCGUCUCUCACUGCUGCUCCAGUCGCCCAGCGCCAAGUUCCUGUGCAGCCCCGACUUCUUCACCGUGCUGCAUUCAAACCCUAGUGCCUACCGCAUGUUUACGAGCAACACCUGCCUGAAGCACAUGAUCAGUAAGGUGCGUCGGGACGCUCAUUACUUCGAGCGCUACCAGCACAACCGCGACCUCGUCACCUUCCUCAACAUGUUCUCCAACAAGCAGCUGGAGCUUCCUCGGGGCUGGGAGAUGAAGCACGACCACACUGGGAAGCCUUUCUUCGUGGAUCACAACUGUCGCUCCACGACCUUCAUCGACCCCCGGCUGCCCCUCCAGAGCUCUCGCUCCACCGGGCUGCUGGCCCACCGCCAGCACCUGAGCCGCCAGCGCAGCCACAGUGCCGGGGAGUGCUUCCUGUUGUCACAGGUGGUGGACGACUCUCGCCAAACCAACCCGCCCGUCAUGCCCCGCCCCUCCAGCACCUUCAGCGGCUCCACUCGCAGUCAGUACCAAGACGUGGUUCCUGUGGCCUACAACGACAAGAUAGUGGCGUUUCUACGGCAACCCAACAUCGUGGAGAUCCUGCAGGAGAGACAACCCGAGCUCGCCAGGAACCACUCGCUCAAGGAGAAGGUGCAGUUUAUUCGCACUGAGGGAGUCAAUGGGCUGGCUCGUCUCUCCAGCGACGCCGACCUCGUCAUGCUGCUAAGCUUAUUUGAGGAGGAGGUGAUGUCAUACGUACCACCAUUACUCCACCCGAGUUACAGCAUCGCCUCUCCGCAGAGCUCGCCCGGCACCCAGCGAGCCAACGCCCGAGCUCCCGCUCCCUACAAGAGAGAUUUUGAGGCUAAACUGAGGAACUUCUAUCGAAAGCUGGAGACCAAGGGUUACGGACAGGGACCGGGGAAAGUCAAACUCAUCAUACGCAGGGAUCACCUCCUGGAGGACGCCUUCAACCAGAUCAUGUGUUACUCCCGUAAAGACCUGCAGAGGAGUAAACUCUACGUCAGCUUCGUGGGCGAGGACGGGCUGGACUACAGCGGACCCUCCAGAGAGUUUUUCUUCCUCGUCUCCAGAGAGCUCUUCAACCCGUACUACGGCCUGUUUGAAUAUUCAGCCAAUGACACGUACACCGUCCAGAUCAGCCCCAUGUCGGCCUUCGUAGACAACCACCAUGAAUGGUUUCGUUUCAGUGGGCGUAUCCUGGGCCUGGCUCUGGUCCAUCAGUACCUGCUGGAUGCCUUCUUCACCCGACCUUUCUACAAGGGGCUUCUUCGCAUCCCCUGUGACCUGAGCGACCUCGAGUUCCUGGACGAGGAGUUCCACCAGAGUCUGCAGUGGAUGAAGGACAACGACAUCGAGGACAUGCUGGACCUCACCUUCACCGUCAACGAGGAGGUCUUUGGACAGAUCACCGAGCGAGAGCUGAAGCCGGGCGGGGCUGGUAUCCCCGUGUCGGAGAAGAACAAGAAGGAAUACAUCGAGCGGAUGGUGAAGUGGCGUAUAGAGCGAGGAGUGGCCCAGCAGACGGAGAGCCUGGUCCGAGGCUUCUACGAGGUGGUGGACGUGCGGCUGGUGUCCGUGUUCGAUGCCAGGGAGCUGGAGCUGGUGAUUGCAGGCACUGCAGAGAUCGACCUGGCAGACUGGAGGAACAACACCGAGUACAGAGGAGGUUACCAUGACAACCACAUAGUGAUCCGCUGGUUCUGGGCGGCUGUGGAGAGGUUCAACAAUGAGCAGAGACUCCGGCUGCUGCAGUUCGUGACAGGCACUUCCAGUAUUCCCUACGAGGGGUUCGCCUCUCUACGUGGCAGUAAUGGACCCCGCAGGUUCUGCGUGGAGAAGUGGGGGAAAAUCACCUCCUUACCCAGGGCUCACACUUGCUUUAAUCGCCUGGACCUCCCUCCUUACCCGUCCUUCUCCAUGCUGUACGAGAAGCUGGUGACCGCCGUCGAGGAAACGAGCACGUUCGGUUUGGAGUAACCUCGGAAGAGAGAGAAGCAUCCGGAGAUCCACCUUUCUUCACUUCGGAGAGACGUGGAAAACAAAACUUAUAUCCUCAAAAGGCAACUAACCCCCCUCGUGGAAAACUCUGCUGUUUUUUUUGUUUUGUUUUUUUCCUAACCGGCUUUUCGUCACUCAGCACGCAGGCUUGGCUCUGAUCCUCCGCCUCUCUCUCUCUUUCUCUCUCUGUCUCGUCAAAGCGAACACCUUCUGGAGGAGAGGCGGAGGAUCGGAGGACGGUUUGAAGAGCUGUACAGUUUCUUGUUUUCAUGGUUGUUCAUCGAGCCACAUGUGUGCUUUAUCUCUUCAGUUAAUGGCCUUGUUUACUGGAUUUCUAGCACCUCCUCCUCCUCCUCCUCUUCCUCCUCCAACCUGCACCUCAGAGACAGCUGCUCUUGAACCACGACGCUCCCUCCUCCCUCUCUGGACCUCUAAACUGUGUCCUUUCUGCACUGGGGCUGCAACGUUAUGAACUAUAGUACACACACACACACACACACACACACACACACACACAUGAAUCACCUUUGCACAGAACACACACAGACAUGAGACAUUUUGUUUUUAUCGACGCUGCAGAUCAGUGUUUCCCCUCAGACUUUUUUUUUUUAUCAGCGCUGAACGAUGAGACAUUUUAGACUUAAAGCUGGAUGUUGGCUGGUCCUCCUUACCUGUACGAGAGCUGGGGAAACACUCGUGUGCACCAACACACAUCAAACACACACAAAUAGCGUAAAAAAAAAAACUAAAAAAAAAACAAGACUGAAAUGUAGACGUACUUUGAAAAGCGAGCCACACUUGGUUGGUGACGGUUGUGGACAGUGUGCUGGUCGGGAUACUGCGACAUCAGAGCGAUUACUCGACCACGACAGGCUCAGACGACGUGCACGACGCUCUGCUGUGCACUUUCUUACAGUUCAACACAUGCACUCGCUCCAGAAUACAGGAACAUCGACAGGCUCACUUCAGUCGAACAGAAGUGCACAGCCCCCUUCAAACUGUUCCACACAUACAUCACCAGUAAUAGAUGCAUUUUCUCACACAGACAGACGCUCAUAAAUAUGACACACGACGUCCUUCUCACUGAUGUAAUCGCCUCCCACCCUCUUAGAGUGAUGAAUGUACCAAAUAAGUGACUGAAUGUAUGAAGCUCGAGCAACUCGGCCGAAGAGGAAACGGAAAGCGGAUGGAAAGGAGGGGAAGUCAAGACGUGACGCGGUUGCUCGAGGAGCGAGAGCGACGUGAUGGAGAAGACUCGAGCCCCCUGCGGUGUCGUCCGGGUGCAGCGGUGGGAUCGUUUUUAGUGCCUCUUGGGUUUUCCUGACCAUGAAGUGAAGUUUCAUGAGGGAAGCUGAUUUAAUUUCCCCAGAUCAAUGUCCCACAAAUCAAAGAUGGUGGAAGUUAAGGAGCUGCGGUUUAAAGGAACAGUUCAUCCAAAUGUGAAGAUUCACGGACGGUCAGGUGACAUUUGGUGGUCCACGAAACAUUUCUGGAGCUUUGCGGAAAAACUGUGUCACGGCAUUCGCCUAAACAAAUGAAUUAGAUGAGGAAUUGUUUUAAAACGUAGAGUGCAUACCUCCACCAAGGCCAGACAGUUCCCUUUUAUACUCACUCACAGAUACCAGCAACUAGAUACGCCUGAUUUCUGCAUCAUUCUCUCAGAAAUUAACUUAAAUAUUGACACCUUACAGUAUCUCACAGUGUUACAGGAGGUGAGAAGAAGUAAGUGGAUCUGUCCCUUUAUCUGGAUCCACAGUAAAAGUUAAUGAUGUUUAUUCCGGGCUGAGACAUCCUCCAUCCAAGCUUCAAGGAAAUCUGUUUCAUAGUUUUUGUGUAAUCCUGUUGACAAACCGACCGACCGACUUCCAGGGGUGAAAUCAUCAAAACAUAAAAUGGCUCCAUGCAGCUCGUCCAGCUUAAUCAAAGUUUCAGGACGUUUAGGUGCUAAGCUAAGUCUGACCAACCAGACAGUUCUGUUUCUGUUUUAAAACAAGUCCCCAGCUAUUUCUGUGGAUAAGGAGAACUAAUGGAGCGCCGCUCAAAACCGGCUGUUCGGCCCAGAUGAUGUGAGGAUGUGAGCGGUUUACAGAUCUGCUCUUAAUCCAGACUCAUCGGGAUGCCACAGUGUUUGAACACACAUGUCAACAGUAAACAUUCAGCUGGCAAACGACUGUUGACAGAAACGUCAAAUCUCCCCUCUAGUUUUCACUGAAGUGUAGAGAGAGUGUGUUGAGUGCGUCUCAUCCAGACUCAUUUAAUAUUCUGCUUUUGUUUUGUUUUUUUCACACUUCUUACUAAAGCAAGUGAGAUCACGUCUCACGCUACCGUCACAGAUGGUGCAGACACGUUAUCUGUAGUGUGUGAUGCCAACACUUCCUAAUCUUGUCGUGUGUGCAUGUUUAAAAUCUGUGGAAAAAACCCAAUUUCAAAAAGUUAGGAUUUCCAUAGAGCAUAGAAGUCCAUAGAGCCAUGAAGCUGAAGCCACGUCCCAUCUGCUGUUCCCUCUUUAUGUAUGCACGUGCGUCCAAAGUGCACCAAAUUCAACAUUUCCUUUGGCUCUUGGCAACAACCCUGCCAAGUGUGAAGUAGAUCGGAUAAACGUUUCUGCAGAUGUGUGAAGAACAGACAGACAGAGGUUCCUUCUUCCUUUACAGCUCGAUGUUGAGAUGCUGUUUUGCUGCGAAGCUCCAGAAAUGUUUUGUGGACUACGAAACGUCGGACUCAUGUGACGAGACGACGAGUGAACUUUCAAAUUUUUUGGGGUGAACUUCUCUUUUAAAUUUCCCAAAACUAGAUAUCACCACAAGGGGGCAGUGAGGUGUGCUGAAAGCAAAGAAGCUGUGAUUGUCUCCUUUUCUGAAUGACCUGAGGAGGUGUGAUGAUGAUGAUGAUGAUGAUGAUGAUGAUCAGGAAGCAGCACCGGCCUGGAGGGCUGUCUUGAUAUCGUACUUUAGAACUUUUUGGCGUACACGUCCAUGCAGGACAAUAGUUUUGUCUUGAAAGCAUGUGAUUAAAAAACAUUAACUCGUUAAGUGCACGACCCAAAAACCCUGAGGACCCUGAUCACACACACACACACACACACACACAAACACACAGACAUACUCGUUUUCUAUGGGGUGCAUGCAAGAUUACACCUACUGUACAGAGUCCUGUUGGAGCUAGACCACAGGGGCUGGAAUAGAGCGAGAGAGCCCCACAUGUGAUCGAGAUGUGGAGGCAGACUUCCGUAUCCCAGCCCCCUCCCUCCCAGUCCAAUACUGCAUGCGGGAUCUUCCCGGUCAGCUCUGUGAGCCGUGCCGGGGGCGGAGACCCCUAGAUGGCGUUGUGUUAUAGCUCGAUAUUGCAUGCUGAAAUAGUGCAACACACUGUCCUUACUAGCUUUUUUUGCAUGAGGAUAUCGCUAUCCAUUGAGAAAAAAAGGGGUGAGGGAGCUGGUUAAGUUGUGUCACUUGAGGCAUGCGGCCUUAUGCUUACCUGGCACUGUCAUACCUUGAGUGUGAGGCUCAUGGGAACAGGGUGUAGGGGAAUAGGUGCUCUAGCCACUUAGUUUUAGCUCUGGGAAUGGACACGGUGUGAAUGCAGUAGUUUGUUUUCUCUAUGACAGUGUAACGGCGAGUAUCUCGGCAGCAUGUUUCAAAAAAAACAAAACAAAAAAAACAAACAAACGUUGUUACUUUCACAUGUGCGUGUCUGCCUAUCUUAGUAAUAGGUCGGUGGUUAUGGUUCAUUGCUCAUGAGUCAGUGGUGAAUCAAUAGGGCUGUUUUGAUUUUGUGAAACGUGAGAGCACAUGUACGUGUACCAUGUGUGAGGUCCUGUUUGUCUCUUUGUAUAUAAAUGUAUACGUAUGUCUGUCCUGUUGUGUGUAUAAAUAUAUAUUUUGCACCGAAUGUACCAAAGGUUUGGGGCUUGCAAAGUCAACCAUUAGGCCUGCUCUCUCUAUUUCAGUCUAACAAAACACAUCUCACUCCAGAACAUCACCUCACGUUUGCUUGACGGGCAGAUUUUCGUGGCAUGGGCAACAACAACAACAACAACAACAACAACAACAACAACAACAACAACGCUUCACGUUAGGGUAAACUCUCACUCGGUCAGUUUUUCAUAUAUCGAGGCUUUUCUGCUGCAGAUCACUGGUAAGAUUGAUUACUCGCUUCACAUCCAGAUGAAGACAGUCACACCUCUCGUCUUUCCUCCUACAUUUUCUGACAGGACCCGGCUCCGGUUUUCAGAAUUCCACUCUAUGCAAAGCUCCUGUAUGUGUGUCUCCAUUUCACCCCGAUGAUUGUAAUAAAAGAGAACAAAUGGAAAAUUUGAGAUUAAUGACA